AUGACCCCCGUGCACAACCUCAAGCUUGGUUGCCUGGAUUCAGGUAGCGCCAGGGUAGUUCCACCGGAGUUUAGCAUUUCAUUGCGAGGCCUGAUCAAGGCCGGCGCCGACCCCAACGCCAAGGACGCCGACGGCCGCUCGACGCUGUACGUGCUGGCGCUGGAAAACCGCGUCUCGAUGGCCCGCUGCUUGAUCGCAGAGUCGGCGUCGUUCGGCCCAACGGCGCCGCCACCCCGCGGAGGCCUGGCCACGCCCACCACGCUGCACGACCUCGAGGGUGCCGACAGCGAGGGCCGCACGCCGCUCCACGUCUCCGCCUGGCAGGGACACACCGACAUGGCCGCCCUCCUGCUCGACGCCGGCGCCGACGUCAACGCCACCGACAAGAAGCGAACGGCGCUGCAGGCCGCCAGUUGGCAGAAUACUAUUAACUCUGAAUGA